AUGGCCCAAGGUCGAACUGAUGCAAUUGUCGAUAGUUGGAAAGUCAAAGCUAAUUUGAAUUUAUCAGCUGAUCAAGAACGAGGGCUCAAAGAAUGGUUUCGAGGUGCUUGUGAACGACUUAAUGCUCGUCGUCAAGCUGGUAGAGAAGUUCUUGCACAAAUGCAAACAGCUGUCGAUGCUAAUGAUAGUGCAAAAGCAGAAGAGUUGUUACAACGAUUACGUGAAGGUUUUCGUAAACUCUCCGAAGCUCGUGAAAAAGCUCUUGAUGAAUUCGAUAGACUUCUCCAACCUGAACAACGCGCACGUAUUGUUCUUUGUGCUGUUCAACAAGCUAAAGAAUCAGGUCGAUCAUUAGAAAAUGUUAUCGAUAAUCUUUUACAUACCGGUGAUAGUAGUUAG